AUGCCCAACUUUACGAGGGGAAUCCAUUAUUUGAAGAAAUUGCAUGCUGCCAACGUCCCUCCAGAUUUGAUAGAAAAUGGGCAAAAACGUGUUAUAGAUGCCUCGCUUACUCUUAUACGCGAGAGGGCAAAACUUAAGGUCGUUUCUUUUAGUCCUAUCUCAGGAAAUUUUGCUUCCAUGAAUCACUGUGGUCUUCCAUGGCCUAUAAGCCUCAUAAUUUUGGAGACGUGCGCGUGUGACUGAUGCGGUUUCAUCAUCUCUUUGCUCAUUCAGGCAGAACUUCUACGAGCUUUAGGAGGAGUCACAGCUUCGGCAUCACUUCUUGGAGUUCCUCUAGGACAUAAUUCGUCCUUCCUUCAGGGCCCUGCUUUUGCUCCUCCUCGCAUUAGGGAGGCUAUUUGGUGCGGUAGCACAAACUCGAGCAGUGAAGAAGGUAUUUUUUAUUAAACAGUAAUCUUCUUAAUGCAGUAUGUUCAUCUUCUAAUCGAUUUUCACUGGCUCCAAGUCCGAUUCUUUUAGCGGGAGUUGUCUCAUCAGUAUUCAAUGUAUACCGCAUUCUGAUUAUUUAUGCGAAAACAAGUUUUGAGAGAGAUGCACAUGAACCAACGCAUCAGUUCUCCAUUUUAUGUGUAAAACUAAUGGCAUCAAGAUGUUUUGAGUAAUUCCACUGCUAUCAUCAGUGCCAACUUUCUAAUUUCUCUUAAUCAUUCUGGGGCCAUUCUCGAUCUGGAUUUCUUAGAAACGAAAAAUGAAAGGGAUUGGGGAAAUCUUCUGUCAACCUUAUCUCCUGCAGCCUUACUCAAUUUCUCCCAGCGUACAAAUAAAUCGAAAUAGGUGGUAAAGAAAGAGAAAGUAUAGUCUUCCAGAUAUAUAUAUAUAUAUAUAUAUAUAUAUAUAUAUAUAUAUAUAGUUGUCUAUGGUCCAAACCCUAUUUAUUUGAGUAACUUCUGGCCUUCAUCAUUGAAACGUGAUUACUUGGCUACAUCCUUCAGCAACAUCUACCUCGGAUUCUGUGCAUGAAGAGGCUCUGCUUGAUUUCCAUUGAUUGAGAUAGAGCACAACGUCGAUCAUCUCCUUGCUUAUGUUUUGCCUAAACAGACCUAAAUAGUUGCCUAGAAUCUACUGCAAACUUAUUCAUAGCUAUACAAGGAAAAAUUCUCUUCACAUCUUGUCACUCUUUAUGCUCUCCAUGUUUCUAAGACCUGGUGAUGCUGCAGGCAAAGAACUAAACGACCCACGAGUACUAACCGAUGUUGGAGAUGUGCCCAUCCAAGAGCUUCGUGAUUGCGGCGUAGACGAUGACAAGUUGAUGAAUAUAGUCAGCGAGUCAGUUAAGUUGGUGAUGGAACAGGUCAGCACUAUCCCCCCCACUGUCGCCAUGCCCAGAGAAAAAAGAGCAGCCUUUCGGUCUCUUCCUCAUUUCCUCCUUCUAUUAGAAAGUCAACUCUUCUCACUGCUCUGCAGGAUCCUCUCCGCCCGCUGGUCCUCGGCGGUGACCACUCGAUAUCUUUCCCGGUUGUGCGAGCGGUGUCGGAGAAGCUCGGUGGGCCAGUCGACGUCCUCCACCUGGACGCCCACCCUGAUAUAUACGAUGCUUUCGAAGGGAACAUCUACUCUCACGCUUCCUCAUUUGCCCGUAUAAUGGAAGGCGGCUAUGCCAGGCGACUUCUUCAGGUACGGCCCCGGCCCCCUUCCUCCUCAUUUCACCAACAAAAAAUAAAAAAAUAAAAGAAAAAGAAAAACCUAUGAUUUAUUUAAAUAAUAAAAUUUUAAUUUUAUUUUUAAAUAAUCUAUUAUUUUACCAGGUCGGCAUCAGAUCGAUCACGAAAGAAGGGCGCGAGCAAGGGAAGAGAUUUGGCGUGGAGCAGUACGAGAUGAGGACCUUCUCCAGAGAUCGCCCCAUGCUGGAGAAUCUGGUUUCUCUCCCUCUUUCUCUCUCUUUAUCUUUCUCUCUCUCUACUGUGAUGAGGUUAAUGGGGGGAGCUCUUUUGUGUUGUUGUUGGGUGGUGGGCAGAGUCUCGGGGAGGGCGUGAAGGGGGUCUACGUGUCGGUCGACGUGGACUGUCUGGACCCGGCGUUCGCGCCGGGGGUGUCGCACAUCGAGCCGGGGGGGCUGUCCUUCCGUGACGUGCUCAACAUCCUGCACAAUCUACGUGGCGACGUCGUGGCGGCCGACGUGGUGGAGUUCAACCCCCAGCGGGACACCGUGGACGGCAUGACCGCCAUGGUGGCGGCCAAGCUCGUGCGGGAACUCGCUGCCAAGAUAUCCAAAUGA